AAUCAAGGCGUGAAGCGAUUAAUGAGGGAAGCAAUGGAAUUAAGUCAGCCGACCGAAAAUUAUUACGCUCAGCCGUUGGAGGACAAUCUAUUCGAUUGGCAUUUUACUAUUCGUGGACCACCUGAUAGUGACUUCGAUGGUGGAUUCUAUCAUGGACGUAUAACCCUGCCUACUGAAUAUCCAAUGAAGCCGCCAAGUAUCAUGUUAUUAACACCUAAUGGUCGAUUUGAAACUGGUAAAAAAAUAUGUUUAAGUACGUCCGCCCAUCAUCCUGAAACCUGGCGUCCUUCGUGGAGUAUUCGCACCGUCCUUGUAGCUUUGAUUGGCUUCAUGCCUAGUCCGGGUAAUGGCGCUAUUGGAGCUUUGGAUUACACGAAGGAAGAACGACAAAUAUUUGCCAAGAGGUAUGAUCUUAUGCCUUACUGUGGCGUUAAUAAUUUAUUAAAUAUAACAUCAAUAACGCGUAUAAACGGGAUAUUACAUCACCGAUAA